UAAUUCCCACAGAAACACCCGCGUGCAUCUAGGCUUACUUGUCGCCUUCACUCUCUCUCUCUCUCUCUCUCUCUCAUAUAAUUCAAUUUGAAUGUCAAGCUCUGGCAAUGGCACUCGUCAUUUAUUUAUUAAUAUAUAUAGUGAUUGAUAUACGUGCACUCCUCUUAAUUGAAUCUCCACAAUUUUUGAAUCACACUAUCCACUCUCUAUGGAUCUAUCUGCCUUGUCUUCAAUCCUAAAGAUGAUAACCUGUUGAAAGAUAAAUCUGGGUGCUGGCUUAUGUUCUCGAAUUUAUUAUAGAGAUAUUUAAGUUUGCCGAGUAGAGUUGUCAUGGAUCGUACACCCUUUGAUUUUGUGGUUGAUGUUGAGAUGUGCAAGAGAAUGAGUGAAGCACCAGCAAGUCCUGAUCCUUUUUCUGCUGAUAAACUAGGCAAGAGAGUUUUCUACAGUACCUGUGACGAUGAACAACUUAUUGAAGUUGAAAAUGGGCUCUGUUUGAUCAAGGAUGAGCAUGAGCAUGAGCUUUCUACAGUACCUGUGACGACUGCAAAUCGCAUAGACAAGAAAAAAGUGAAAGAUAAGCGUAAAUCCACCAGUGCUAAAAAACCUCCCAGACCUCCAAGAGGAUUAUCCUUGGAUGCUGCUGACCAGAAGCUUAUCAAAGAGAUCGCCGAACUCGCAAUGAUCAAGCGUGCGCGAAUUGAGCGAAUCAAGGCUUUGAAGAAAAUGAAAGCAGCAAAAGCAUCUUCUACUUCACCAUCAUCCAUGGGCAGUGUCCUUGCCUUUCUCUUUUCUGUCCUCUUCUUUCUCAUCCUGUGUUUUCAAGGGAUGUCCUCUGGAAGUUCAGCUGUGAGUUCCCAUGAUUCCCCUGAACCAAGCGGAUCAAGGUCGAAUAGCUUCAUUAUUCAACAAUACUACACCAAUCUAUCUGGCAGAACUGCUGCUAAAAGUGCUGGAUAUCCCAAGUGUAUACUAUUUUUUUUUUUUUAAUCUAUAAUAUGCUGGGAAUAUUGUGCUACAUUUUUGAUACGUUGAUGAUGAUUGUACUGUGCUAAGUUUUCUCGAUUUGUAUUUUGCAGUUUAGUUGAGCAGGUUUUUGGUUCGGAUCCUAGGGACGGCCCUAAAAGAGUCACGACUUGAGGUAUAGUGUGAUUGGGGUGAAUUCUAGAAUAUGCAAAUAUGAAUAGGAACUGCCAACAUGUCUACGAUUUGCGCAAGCUCUGAGGAAACUGUGAGUCCCUUGACGAAACAUAAGACCUGCGACAUUUGUAUACCUUGUACAGUGAUAUAUGGUGUUUGGUGAGAGAGUAAUUGCUUCUGCAACAUGCUAGGAUGUCUGUGAAAUCGCUAAUCAAGAAGCUUGCCUCGCAUCGAGUGUGUCAGUUUUCUUGGUAAAUUACGUUUUUAACAAAAUAAUGACUGGUUUGUAGCCUAUACGUAGGAUAAGAGAGUUCACUGAAGAGUCAGAGUUUUGCAAGGUUUUUUCUCUUGAGUGGAGAGAAGAGGAGGAAAAGGACCCUUUAAGCCCUUUAAGCGCUACCACAGCCUUGACAUUAUGCAGAGUGGCUAAGAUUGGUGGUCAAAUUGCUGUCUUUUCUUGUCAGAUGGAAUUUGUUAUUCGGUAUUGCCGGUUAAUGAGUUAAUGUAGUGCCACGAUGUUGUUGAUGCUGUGAUAAUUUUUUUUUAAUUAUGUGUUCGUAUUUGACUUCUAUGUGACAGUACACAGCAUUGGAGUUUCUUUUAGGUGCAGAAGUGUUUACUGGAGUUCCAUCAGUUUGCCUAUUUAAUAUACACAUUUGCUGAGUUA